CUCAAUAAAUCCUGAUCAGAUUAAUCAAUAUAAUCGUACAAAUCAUGUUAGGGAGCAAUUUCCCAAAUGGUUUUUAAGUUGGUGUUGAGCAGCAUGUUCUCAAUGACAGAUAAUCCUAAAUGUAAUAAGACAUCCUGAAUACAGAAGCUAUUUAACUAGGAUCAGACAUAAUAAGAUCAAGCUAUGACGUUUGGGCUUUGAUUGAGAUGGGAUACAGACAGCAAAGGACCUUUUUCUGUAGUUUCUCGGUCAUACGGUGGAGAGCGUGCGUUUUUAAAUUAAGCAACAUGGACAGCACCACUGCCGUCGGCACACCUUGGCGCUUCGGCCCGACGUUGAACUCUACUUCUCCGGGCUUCAAAUCUAGUACUGUGGCGCCCACAUUUUUUCCACGGGCAGGCUACAGCAUCCUCUCCUAUCUCAUGUUCAUCAAUGCAAUUUUCUCUGUUUUUAACAAUACUCUGGUAAUAACGGUGUUCGUGAAGAAUCGUACUCUCCUCAACCCAAUGAAUGUGAUCAUCCUCAGUUUAGCCGUGUCCGAUUUGAUGAUAGCCUUGUGCGGUUCGUCGAUAGUCACCAUUACCAACUAUCAUGGUUCAUUCUUUCUUGGCGACGAGUUCUGCAUCUUUCAAGGAUUUGCUGUCAACUAUUUCGGUCUGGUGUCUAUGUGCACGUUAACACUGCUGGCGUACGAGCGCUACAUCGUGGUGUGUAAGCCCAUGGCAGGCUUCAAGAUGAACGUACGUCGGAGCUUUCAGGGGCUCCUGGGGGUCUGGCUGUUCUGUUUGUUCUGGGCCGUGCCCCCACUGCUGGGUUGGAGCUCCUAUGGACCCGAGGGCGUCCAGACCUCCUGCUCUCUGGGCUGGGAGGAGAGGUCCUGGAGUAACUACAGUUACCUGAUCCUGUACACGCUGUUCUGCUUCCUCCUGCCAGUCGCAAUCAUCAUCUACUGUUACGCCAAUGUCCUCACCUCCAUGAGACAGCUUAACCGUAGUACGGAGUUGCAGGGCGGCCGUCCCUGUCUGCAGGACAACGAGCGGGCGGUAAGGAUAGUGCUGGCCAUGAUCGGGGCCUUCUUUGUCUGCUGGCUGCCCUACACAGCCCUGUCCGUGGUGGUUGUGGUGGACCCAGAGCUCCACAUCCCUCCGCUGGUGGCUACCAUGCCUAUGUACUUCGCCAAGACCAGUCCUGUCUACAACCCCAUCAUCUACUUCCUAAGCAACAAGCAGUUCCGUGAUGCCACUCUGGAAGUCCUCUCCUGUGGGCGCUACAUUUCCCACGACCCGGCCACCGACACCGUCCCCAUGCGCUCCAUGACCCUGAGGACCACGGUGGGCACAAGGGUGGGAAGAAAAAAACAAGGGAUCAGUGCACACAGCAGGGUGCUUCCUCUGUGACUCCUCUCUCCUCCAUCUCCUAAAUCUCCUAAAUCUCCAUCUCCUCCAUCGCUCUCCUCCAUCUCCUCUCUCCUCCAUCUCCUCUCUCCUCCAUCUCCUAAAUCUCCAUCUCUUCUCUCCUCCAUCUCCUCUCUCCUCCAUCUCCUCUCUCCUCCAUCUCCCCUCUCCUCCAUCUCCUUCAUCUCCUCCAUAUCCUCUCUCCUCCAUAUCCUCUCUCCUCAUCUCCUCCUCUCUCCAUCUCCUCCAUCUCCUCUCUCCUCCAUCUCCUCCUCUUGUCCUCCAUCUCCUCUCUCCUCCAUCUCCUCUCUCCAUCUCUCUCCCCCAUCUCCUCUCUCCUCCUCUCCUCCAUCUCCUCUCUCCUCCUCUCCUCCAUCUCCUCCUCUCCUCCAUCUCUCCUCCAUCUCCUCCUCUCCUCCAUCUCAUCUCUCCUCCAUCUCCUCCAUCCCCUCCUCUCCUUCAUCUCCUCCAUAUCCUCUCUCCUCCAUAUCCUCUCUCCUCCAUCUCCUUCAUCUCCUCCAUAUCCUCCCUCCUUCAUAUCCUCUCUCCUCCAUAUCCUCUCUCCUCCAUAUCCUCUCUCCUCCAUAUCAUCCUCUCUCCCAAAUCUCUUCCUCUCCAUCUCCUCUCUCCUCAAUCUCCUCCAUUUCUCCUCCAUCUCUUCUUCAAUCUCCUCCAUCUUUUCCAUCUCCUCCUCUCUCCUCCAUCUCCUCCACUGAAAACAGAAACGGGAGCCUAGAAAUAUCGCAGUGGUCUGGGUCCAUUCGAGCCCCAUCACAGUUCAUGACUCAGUGAAACCUAACUUCCACAUCAGUGGACUAUUCACCCAGUGUCACAUUGACAUUAAUGUAUAACUAAAUGAGAAUUUUACUUAAGUGGAAGUUAGGGUUUGCAGAGAUACAGAGAGAAGCUGCAGCCUCAUCCUAAAUAAAGUCCAGUCCAUGUCAAUCAAUUAAUCAGUCAGCAAGCAAGUCCUUGUCUGCAGUACAUUCAAAAACUGAAAUGGCGCAAGGAUUCUAAAGUAUAACAAUGGGAGAUAAAAAAAUUUUUUUUUUAAAUUACAGAAAACGGGGGGGUGCAAAUUUGUCUUUGAAAAUGAUUUAUUGAGAUCCAUUUUAGAGUAAUGCAAAGCGGAUUCUGUUUUCGUAGUGUGUAUGUUUGUGUCUGUGUGAGUGUGUGUGUGUCAUUGCGUAUGUGCGUGCAUGCAUGCGUGCGUGUGAGUAUUUUCAAUUUCUGAUUAUUUUACAGUGUAUUUAUUACAGUAAACCAACCAGGAGCAGGCAUGCUAUUUUCUUUUUUUGUGCUCUGUUUUGCAGUGGUGUAAAGUACUUGGGUAAAAAAUAUACACUUUAAAGUACUACAUAAGUUGUUUUUUGGGGGUAUCUGUACUUCACUUUACUAUUUAUAUUUUUUACAACUUUUACUUUUACUUCACUACAUUCCUAAAGAAAAUAUUGUACUUUUUACUCCAUACAUUUUCCCUGACAACAAAAAAGUACUCGUUACAUUUUGAAUGCUUUGCAGGACAGGAAAAUUGUGAAAUUCACACACUUAUCAAGAGAACAUGUGGUCAUCCCUACAGCCUCUGAUCUGGUGGACUCACUAUACACAAAUGCAUCUUUUUAAAAAUAAUGUCUGAGUGUUGGCGUGUGCCCCUGGCUAUCCAUACAUUUUAAAAACAAGAAAAUGUUUUGCUUAAGAUAAGGAAUUUCAAAUGAUUAAUACUUUUACUUCUACUUUUGAUACUUAAGUAUAUUUAAAACCAAAUACUUUUAGAUUUUUACUGGGUGACUUUCACUUUUACUUUAGUCAUUUUCUAUUAAGGUAUCUUUACUUUAACUCAAGUAUGAGAAUUGAAUACUUUUUCCACAACUGCUGUUUUGUCAUGUGUGUGUGUGUGUGUGUGUGUGUGUGUGUGUGUGUGUGUGUGUGUGUGUGUGUGUGUGUGUGUGUGUGUGUGUGUGUGUGUGUGUGUGUGUGAGAGAGAGAGAGUGUGGUAGACAUACGGUUUCUUAAUUUUGUUCAGAAUGUAUUUUUACUUUUAUGCAAGUGAUCUCAAUUAUUAAAUAAAACGAAUCUACCAAA